AUGGAUAUCAGUCCGUCGGCCAUAAUCCAAAUGUGCGUGCAGCAGUUCGACAAAGUGCUCGAUCCGAUGAAUUGUGUCCAGUGAGUCGUCUUUUAAGCAUUUCAGGUCGUCGACCAGGACCACGUCUCCUCUUCUCAUUUAUAUUUCAAGAAAACUUUUCCGAAACGCAUUUUAAAUGAAACUUCAAUUUCGCACGGGAGUCGAAAAACUGACAUCUAUAUUUAGCAAUUCUGAAUCUUCUCUUUUGCAGAGCCAUCGCAGCCAUCGAGAAUCUCGAGUCGAAGGGAGUCGCAAAGUGCUCGAUGCCGUCGGCUCUUCCAGAAUACAGACACAUUAUGAACUUUACAUCAGGCUGCGAUCUCGUCGAACUCAGUAUGGAAAGGGUUUUGCUGUCUGUGUCCCAACUCUGCCCAUUUCAGCCUAUCUACAGUAUGCAGUGCCCCCGCUCAUGAUGCUCUGUUUCAUGGGAAACAUGCUCAACGUGCUCAUCUAUGGCCUACCCUACUUCGAGGGCUCCAGCUCAGUUCACUUUCUUCGUGCCAAAGCGAUCGCCAAUAUGGUGUUCAUGUUCUCGCGAAUUCUCGAGGUACGUGAACCGAGAAGAAAACAAGAGUGAAAUUCAAUUAGCGGGCACCGAGUCCUCCUUUUGUCUCUCUCGUGGCAAACAACAACAAAAAAGUACACACGAGGAGCGUAGCGUGCUAAUUGCCGCCGAUGUUGCAGGUAUUACACGCGUCGAGUGUGCAGCCGGUCUCUUGGCUCGAGCCGCUCUUCUGGAAGUCUCGUCCGUACAUGAUGAUGGUUUCGAAUGUGAGCGGAACCAUGUCCACGUGGCUCACUUUGAUGGUAACAAUGGAGACGGUCAUGUGCAUCAUGACUCCGUUCAUUUUCCGCAAGUACUGCACCAAGAAGUAGGUCAAACUGAACGUCUUCUUUCCAAUUCAUUACUUCUCAGAAUGACCUGGAUCGUUCUUAUUAUGUCCGGCGUCGCCGCCAGUCUUCUCCAUACCGCUAUUGUUAUUGUGACUGAUGUUCAGGAAAUGGUUCAAGUCAGACAAUAUGUUCAUGUAAGGUUCAAACAAGAAAACAUGAGAACAUCGACGUCUCUUUCAGAACUUCAAGAAGGAGAAUGCGUCGUGUUGGUUCUUGCAGUCGGUGUUUCGUGUCCGCAACAAUCCCUACUACGAGAUUUAUCGUCGCUUUUACGCAACCACAACCAUGGCCGUUUCCAUUGUCAUUCCCACCAUCGCCAUGCUCGUUUGCACGCUUCUCAUCAUCAAAAAAUUCACUUUCAAGGUACACAAAUCUGCUCGAUUCCACUCAUUUCUGAUCUUCAGAAUCUCGGCGAACAAUUCUCGCAAAGACGGAAAUGCGUGAUCCGCAUGACGGUGGCCACAACGCUCACUCAUCUCUUCUUCGAAGGUCCCGCCACGCUGACUCACUCCGCCAGCGCCAUUCAGGUAAUCCCGAAGAGAACCCAUAAAACUGAGCUUUCCGACAUUUGCGCGCAUGCGAGUAGACAUUAUAAUGAGCAGGGUUAUGACUGGACGAAGAUCUAUGUGUAAGGGAUUUCAGGGAGAGGACUACAGCUUCCUCAUGUGCAUUCUCAACCACGGCAACAAUUUGGCUUCACUUCUCAACGCCACCAUCCCAUUCUUCGUUUUCCUCUUCUGCAGUAAUCAGUUCCGGCAUAUGACGGUCAUGUACAUUAAGGUAACUUGGCUCCUCAGACGGAUAAUAUUGAAGAUUCCCCUUUUCAGGCUGUGAUGCAAACGGAUCAAGUGAAGCGGAAGGCGUAUUUUUCUCAAGCCGGCAUGAGAUGCAGCCGCAUGUCUCGCAUCGAAACGGACCGUUCGAUGGCCGACACGCGGCUCGUCUCGAGACCUUCCAACGUCUAA